AUGAGAGGUGUUCAACAGGAGAAAUUGGAGGCUUCGCAGCACAGUGAGGUAGAAUCUGGCGUCCCCCUCUCAAUGCUACAAGAGGAAGAAGCAAACGAACGAGGUGAGAUGGUCGUUGAAAUUUCUCUUGAAUUCACUGGAAACAAUCCUCCUGUACCUUCUAAUGACGCUUCUUACUUGGUUACCACCAGCAGCAGUAACAGGUUUAGCGGUCGACUUCUUCGCCUUUAUCAAACCUCCUUUCAUUGGGCGCCCCGGCCGGAUUCCCUCCGCCAAGGCCUCAGGAAGGAAGCCUCUUCGCCGGGUCUUCUCACUGACCCAGCGCUGCUGUUGCUGGUGGCCAACCAUAACUACACCAGCCUCCGUCUUCUUUAUUUGUCCCUUUUUACGAGCGUCCGUUGA